AUGGCUAUCCGAGCUGCGCGGCCGUCGUCCGGCGUGGUGUACUGGGAGAAGCAGGGCGCGAACCGCAUGUGCGCCUUGCACUGCAUCAACUCGCUGCUGCAGGGUCCUGUGUACGACGAGACGGAAAUGUCAAAGAUCGGCUACGACUUUGACCGCAGAGAGCGCCAGUUGAUGGCUGAGGGCAUGGACCCUGCGGCAUACAAAGAAUUCUUCGACGAAGAGUCUGGAAAUGUCGCCCACGACGGCUUCUUCAAUGUCUCCGUCCUCAUGGAGUGCCUCCGCAAGCAGCAUGUCCAGUGUCUGUCCACCUCCAAGCCAGAGGUCCGAGCCGUCCUCGCCGACCCAAGCCGAGAGGAGGGAUUCAUCUUAAACUUGAACGAACACUGGUUCGCCAUCCGGAAGGUCGACGGCACCUGGUACAACUUGGACAGUCUGAAACCCAGCCCGGUGGCCAUGACGGCGGAGCAGUUGAAGAGUCUUUUAACGUCCCUCACUCUUCAAGGCUACGUCGCCUUCGUCGCCAGGAGAGAUGUCGGCUCCCUGCCUGCUCCCGAGCCGCAGCAAGUUCGCAUGAAUCAAUUUUACCUCACAAAACGCGAGAUGGAAGAGUUGCAGCGUCAGGCGAAAGAGAAAGAAGCACAGGAUGCAAAGGCAGCAUCAGCCUACGGAGACGACGGGGACUCCAAGAAAUCCUUCCUCGCCUGGGCGCCGCGAGGAAGGCGAGAGGAACACUCAUGGCCCUCAGAUGGAGGCUAUCGACUGGACGCUUCAGGACCGCGAAGAGAAGACAGCAGAGGCGCAAGCCCUCGUCCGAGCGCCGAGGCGACGUUGGACGGCCUCGAUGACGACCCCGAACUUCGGGAGGCUCUGCGGCUUUCGCUGGAGACGUACAAACAGGAAAUGCAGGCUCCCCCGGAAGAGCCUCCUGCAGAUGCCCAGAAUAUUUGCACGAUCGUCGUUCGGCUUAAAAACGGAGAAAAAGUGACGCGUCGAUUCCGGCAAACCGACACGAUGGAGCACGUUUUCCAGUGGGCGGAGUACGAGACCUCUCAGCGAGACGGCACAACUCUCGGCAGGUCCUGCGUUCUCGUGCAGACAGUUCCGAAGCGGAAGUUCUGCAAGUUGGGGGGGCAGAUUUGUCUCUGCGAAGGCGACACUGAGGGUAUUCCGAUCAAGGAUCGAGAGCUCGAGGAGCUGGGCUUCCAAAGACGCGAACAGCUGAUGAUGAUGCAUCUGUGAAAAUCAAACGCUUUUCUCUGCUUCACUCUGCAUGCAUGGUGGAGCUGUAACUUUACAUCCUCUUCUCUCUCUCUCUAUAUAUAUGUAUAUAUAUAUAUAUAUAUG